GGAGGAGGAGGCACAAGAGAGGGAGGAGGAGAGGGAGGAAGAUGUUGAGGGGGAGGAGGCGGCGGGUCUCCGGAUAGUAUCACAGACCGUGUUCCCGGCAAGGGCUGCACGGCAGAUCAGCGGAUCUGCAUCCACGGCGGCGACGUCCUUUUUCGCGCAGGGGCGGUCCGCGCGGCCUGGGGGGCCCAGGCGGCCCGUGGGCGUAAACAAAAAAAAAACAUGCGCGGCGUCGAGCUCCUCAAGGCGAAGUCAGUGGGGUGGGGAGGAGGAGGAGGAGGAGGAGGAGGAGGAGGAGGAGGAGGAGGAGGAAGAGGUGGAGGCCGUCCAAUGCUCUCUCGCAAGACCGGUUGGGCGGGCGGGCGGUCCGCCGAUUCUGGCCAGGCCCGUGCUGGGCCCAGCCAAGAGGAGGGCCCUGCCAGGAGGGCGCUGGCGUCGAGCCUGGGCCCAAGAUGGGCCUGGCCUGGACUGGUGCAGGCGCACACUAGGCGCACUCCGAUCUGGAAGCUGCGGAAACUCGCUUGGGGCCUGAAGGAAGGAGAGAGCUGGGGAGAGGGUGGCGGACCUGCUUUUGCGCUUCGAGAAAUCGCUAAAAGCGGCCCGC